AUGGAACAACUAAAGAACGGACCAGCUGGAUCCGAGGGGAACAGCCUGCCCCUCCUGACACCUGGAGCUGAGGGCUGGUCCCCUGUGUCCAUCCCAGCCCUGCCACCCUCGCUCGCGGGCACCCCACACCCAGCCCACCUGGGACUCCCUGAGCACCUGGCCUCUGUUACUGUUCCCAUCCGCUUGGAUGCCCUCUCCUACCUCCUGCACAGUGCCCUGAUGGGGGCCUACAGCCUCCAGCAGUCCUUCCCCUCCUGCUGCUGCUCCCCACAGGCGUGCCACACCCAGCCAGGAGUGGCCAAGAGGCCGUUCAGGGGGCGUGGAGGGUGGGAUGCUCCCCGCAGGCCCAGCCGGGGCCAGGGCCAGUCAAGACGCGGCCUUGGGAGAGCUGAGCAACCAGAGAGGGACAGGGCAGGGGUCCCUUGGGCUGGCCCCAAGACCCCACCGGUGACACCUCCAUCACCACCCACCCUGCUGGCCCAGGAUGGGAAGAAGGAGCCACUCCUGGACCCCACACCUGCUGCUGAGGACUGGGAGACAGACUAUUAG